AUGAGCGUCGAUGGUAUUGACAAAGGCCCUGGGGCCUACGAGAUCUACGAAAAGCUAAAUGCCUCAAAGAAGGAGAUCAGGAUUUGCCAUAUCGAGAACGAGUUAGACGAGGAAGGAAGGGUUCGAUGUCGGCUUGAAGUCGCGGCUCUGGAAACAAUCGGGUCUCCCGAGAAUUUGAACGGAGAACUCGCCCCGAUUUUCGACCUUCCACCCGGGGUCCAGGGCACGGAUAUUCGAUGCCAGGACGUCCAAGCUAUGCUUGGACUAGUCGAAGAGUCCCUCAAUCUUGAUUCCGGGGCCAGCGCUGCAGCACAACCCAACAAACCAGUGUACAAAGCAAUAUCCUGGGCAUGGGGAGACUCCAGCAAGAAAGCUCAGAUCGUACUCAACAACCAGGUGGUCGAAGUAUCCCAGAAUGCGCAGACCCUGCUCAGACGCUUUUGUUUCGAGCAGCAGCACUCCCCGAUCUGGCUUGAUGCUAUCUGCAUUAACCAAGCAGACAUGGCGGAAAGAAGUGAACAAGUCGCCAUCAUGCACCAUGUCUAUAAAAACGCGACACAGGUUCUUGUGUGGCUGGGGGAAGAGGAUGUUUCGAUUGCCGAAGCGGCAUUGUCCUCCAUUGACAAGCUUGUUGUACAGUGCAUGGAAGUCGCCGGAGCGGAUGACACUUCUUUGGAUAAAUUCUUUAUGAGCGGAACCAAUGCCAGAUACGCAGAGCGGCCUCUGCCAGAUUACGAUUGGUCUGCUCUCGAAAAGCUGUUCAACAAUCCGUGGUUCUAUCGUCUUUGGGUUGUGCAGGAAGUCAUGUUGGGAAACGAGCCACUAUGUUAUCUUGGGAUGUGCUCUCGACCACAGUCUGACAUUAGUCUGGCUGCACGUUGGCUGCACUACCGCAACUUCAGCGUUGUGAAAUAUAUUGGCACCGGUGGCAGAGGUCUAACUCUUGUCGCCAAAACAUGGAACAUUUCCCGUAGGAUGCUUCUUCUCCAAGAUCUUCUGCAACUGAGCUCCCAGCUUGAAUGCACAGAGCCACUUGAUAAAGUGUACGGCAUGCUGGGAAUCAUGCAGCAAGAAGCCAGUUCCACACUGUGGCAAUCCCAACGGUGGCAGUCCCUAAUGACUGCUGAUUACAGUGCAGACCUAGCGACAGUGUAUGCAAAAUUCACCAAGGCUGCCAUAACUUCUCAUCCUGUACGCUCUCACGCCCUCACGAUUCUCGAAUCAGCACAGUGUAUGGUACCUAUAACGGCAGAUCAGCACGAUGAUCAUCAGGACUGGCCUUCGUGGGUACCGAGAUUUUACUGGCGAGACUCUCUUGCUGACGGAUCACCGCAACUCCUGAACUGUCGUGGCCAUGCAGCAGGUGAUAUCUCGUGGUCUGUGGAAAUGAUCGAUAAACAGGAUCCGCUGAUCAUUACCAUACCAGGUAUCCUCAUCGACAGCGUCAGUGUGUGCAGCGUUCCGUUCACGUACGAUGUAUGGGAAGAUGACUCUGUUCGAUAUCAAUGGUUGGCGGCAAUGAGCCAAUACGCUUCCAAAUUAGGAUAUACAUCCCACGAGAUAGCGCUGACCUUGACCUGUGAACAAAGAGCUGGUACAGGCGAUCCAGCUUCAAGCCCGAGUCACACUGCGCAAUAUGAAGAGUAUAUGAACUGCGGCGAGGGUAUUGCUUUCAAGGAUCUUGCGAUAGGGCCGCAUAACUAUGUUUUGGAGGUCUACAUUGGAAUACUCAAUCGAAGGUUUUUCACUACACAAAAAGGAAUCGGUAUCGGGCCACCAGGCAUGCGAGCAAAUGAUUGGCUUUGUAUGUUGUUCGGUGGGAGAACGCUUUAUGUCCUGAGACCGCAGGAAAAUCACUUUGUCCUUAUUGGGACGGCGUAUUUAUACGGAGUCAUGCAGGGCCAGUACGCUAAUUUCCUGAGAGAGGAAAACACGCUUGUCGAGCAGACGCAUAUGUUCGAGAUUCAUUGA